CUACUCCCACACCACGCAAUCCACAAAAGAAAAGGAAAGGAAAAAAAAACUUGUAAAGAGCAUGCGUCCCUCCUCUCCCAUAGUCCCUCUUCUUCUCUAUCCUCCGGCCAUGCUACUAAUGCUGGCUCUUACAAUACUAGCAAUUGUUUUAUCAUCUCUCUUCUUCUUCAAGAAGAGCACUGCCGAUAUUGCUACUGUCAUUACUAAUACCUCUACUAUUAUCAAUACUAGUGGCGUUCAACCCCUCCCACCCUCUCCCCCUAAGCUUCCCAUCCUCGGCAACCUCCAUCAACUUGGUUCUAGCCCUCACCGUUCCCUCCGUUCUCUCUCUGAACGCUAUGGCUCCAUCAUGCUCCUCCAACUUGGUCACCUCCCCGUCCUCGUAACCUCCUCCCCUUCCAUCAUACGUGAAAUCACCCAAACCCAAGACCACCUCUUCGCCAACCGCCCUUCUCUUAAGGCCCCCAACACAAUCCUUUACGGUGGUCGUGACAUCGCCUUUGCCCCCUAUGGUGAAUACUGGAGGGAGAUGAAGAAGGCAACUAUCCUCCACCUCCUAAGCAAUAAGAAGGUGGGUUCCUAUAAACAAGGGAGGGAGGAGGAAUUGACCUUUAUGAUGAAAGAGAUUGAGCGAACGAUGUUGGUUGACAUGACUGAGAGGUUUCAUGCACUCUCGAGAGAUGUUAUAAGCCGCGCAGUGAUCGGCGACUCGACAAGAAAUAAGUUGUGGGGGGAUGGUUUAAGGAGGCUCAUAGAUGAGAGCUCAAGAAUGAUAGGGGAGUUCUAUGUUGGUGAUUAUAUACCAUGGUUGGGGAAGAUAGUUGGGUUUGUGAGUGGGUUUGAGAGGAAACUGAGAAAUGCAUUUGAGAGAUCAGAUAAGUUUCUUGAGGGAAUCGUGAAGGAGCAUAGAAGGCAAAUAGCAAAGAGGAAGGAGGAAGAAGGAGAUGGUGACGAUGCAACUAAUGAGUGCUUUUUAGAUGCUUUGUUGACUCUUGAAGGGGAGUUGAAAUGUAAGGGUCUUGUAUUUGAUCGUGAGAGUAUUAAAGCCAUUGUUAAGGACAUGUUUGGCGCGGGAACAGACCCAACCUCCAUAUCCAUGGAAUGGACCAUGGCCGAGCUCAUCCGCCACCCAGCCGCCAUGAAAAAGCUCAAGGAAGAAAUAAUCAAAGUAGUAGGCCCCAAUGAAGCAUGUAUCAAAGAAGAGCAAUUGGCAGAUAUGAGCUAUCUCAAAGCAGUAGUAAAAGAGGCCCUCAGGCUUCAUCCUCCAGGUUCUAUAAUAAUACCACGACAGCUUAUACAGGACACUAAUAUCAAAGGCUACAGAAUUCCUAAAGGAACAAUGGUCCUCAUCAAUGCCUGGGCUACAGGAAGGGACCCCAAGAUAUGGGAUUCCCCAGAAGAAUUUCGACCGGAAAGGUUCAUUAAUGGAGAAGCAGGAGACAUAAAUUUUAGUAGCCAUGGAUUCCAGCUCUUGGCAUUUGGUGCAGGAAGGAGAUCUUGUCCUGGGAUCAAAUUCUCUGUGACUUUAAUUGAGCUUGCUAUAGCUAACCUGGUGUAUGUCUUUGACUGGAAGCCAGCAAAGGGCGAAAUAGAAGAUAUAGAUAUGAGUGAAGUUUAUGCACUUACUACGCGCAAAAGAGAGGCUCUUAUGCUGAUUGCAACAAAGGCAGUCAAGUAAAAGAUUAAUCAAUCCAAUGGAUUAUUGUUGAAUUAUAAUAGUUGGGUUGCAAGAUGAAUAGAUUAUAAGGUAUUCAGCUCUAGCAGAACUCUUAUUUUUGUCUAAUUUUAUGAGUGAUUCUUUACUCAGAAAGUCCUUUUUGUUGGGCAAGAUAAGUUCUUUUUAUCUGAUAACGGUCAAAAGUUCAAUUUUUUUAGAACAAAA